AACAGCGACGAAACUAUAGAAAAAAGGUACGAAUGGGUGCUAAAAUGGAUGAACACUGACAUGGACUACACCACUAACUGCGUUUUUAUAGAUAAAGCGGCCUUCAACAUGAACCAGCGUCGAGCAUUUGGAUGGGCGAAAAAAGGUGGCACUCCUUGUCGUAUCAUGAAAUAA